UCAGGAGGACCAAGUCGCCGCCGACAGAGAGGACAAAAUUGUGCAUGUGUCACUGUGAUUACGGUGGCGAUAUACUACUAAAGAAUGAAAAUUUGCGCUAGCAUGGCAACUUGCCGUUUGAUAUUAAUUGAAAAAAUCAACCAUGAAGGAACCUACCUCGUUUUCCACGAAUCACAUAGUCGUCAACCAUGUUGCUAAUGCUUCCUUCGAUUCCCCUGCUCCUCCUUUUCACAUUCACUACCCUCAUUCUCUCCGCCACCUUGUUCCGCCGCCGCAAACAUGGUCGGAGACGUCCACCGGGUCCACGGGGUUUGCCGGUGAUCGGCAACCUCCACAGGUUAGGGAAGCUCCCUCACCGCACCCUACAAGCCUUAGCCAAACUAUAUGGACCCAUCAUGUCCCUUCAGCUCGGACAGGUCCCAACCGUUAUAGUCUCUUCCUCUGAAGCUGCAGAGCAAUUCCUGAAAACCCACGACCUCGUUUUCUCUAGCCGGCACAGAAUCCAAGCCACCCAGUACAUCGCUUAUGGCUCCAAAGGCUUGGUGUUUUCUGAAUAUGGUCCUUACUGGCGUAACAUGAGGAAGCUCUGCACCCUGCAACUUCUCACAUCUUCCAAAGUUGAGUCGUUUGCACCUUUGAGGAUGAGGGAGGUGCAAGUAGCGGUGAAGUCGCUUGAGAAAGCUGCGACGGCGAGUGAGGUCGUUGACCUUAGCGAGGUGGUGAACAACCUUUUGGAGGACAUUGUGUACAAAAUGGUGUUGGGGUGUAGUAAGGAUGAUGAGUUUGACUUGAAGGGGCUUAUUCAACGUGGUAUGAACCUCAGUGGAACCUUUAAUCUUGCAGAUUAUGUGCCUUGUCUUGGAGUUUUGGACCUUCAGGGAUUGAAACGAAGCUUUAAGGAAACUAGUAAAGGAAUUGAUCAAGUGUUGGAGAAGAUCAUUCAGGAGCAUGAAAGUGGUUCAAAUGUGCAAAAUGGUGGGCACCAUAAGGACUUCACAGACAUUUUACUCUCACAUAUGAACCAACCUAUUGAUUCCAAUGAUGAACAUAGUCAUGUCAUUGAUCGAACUCACAUUAAGGCUAUCAUCUUAGAUAUGAUUGCUGGGGCAUUUGAAACUGCUGCAACUGUUGUGGAGUGGGCUUUAUCUGAGCUCCUGAGACAUCCAAGAGUGAUGAAAAACCUUCAAGAUGAGCUAGAUAAUGUGGUUGGACUGAACAAACUGGUGGAGGAGGAUGAUUUAGCAAAGCUGAAUUACUUGGAUGCUGUGAUUAAUGAGGCAUUAAGAUUAUAUCCUCCGGGACCACUAGUCCCUCGUGAGUCAAUAGAGGAUGCUAUGGUUCAUGGUUAUUUCAUAGAGAAAAAGUCAAGAAUCAUCUUAAAUUUAUGGGCUAUAGGAAGAGAUUCUAAGAUAUGGUCGGAUAAUGCUGAAGAAUUUUAUCCUGAGAGAUUCACCAAUAACAGUUCAGACUUUCGGGGACAUGACUUCAAAUUUAUACCUUUUGGUUAUGGUCGCAGAGGAUGCCCUGGCAUGAACUUAGGCAUAGUUACGGUUAAACUUGUUGUUGCUCAAUUAGUACAUUGCUUUUCUUGGAAGCUUCCACCCCAUACAAGUCCAAUAGACUUGGACAUGAGUGAGAAAUUUGGCCUCACAAUACCAAGAGUUAAACACUUGUUUGGUGUGCCAACAUAUCGUCUUAUGAGGGAAACACUUGACAGAUCAAGCUGAUUCUGGUUUAAGGAUUGAACCAAAGGAGAAUUGUUCUGUUUAGAUUCUUGUCUCAUUGUUCCUUGUUUGUUAAUUAAUCAAGUUAAUAGUAUGGAUUAAUAAAGUGCUGUACAUUAUUCAGAUUAAGGAAAUGUACAUUGAGUCACAUUCAAAAUCAAA